AUGGAGUCGACCCGCCAUCCCAACUCCCCAGUCAAUUCCUCGAUUGUCAGGGAGGAGAGCAAGGAUCAGCUCCUGCGUAGAGUCCACACCGAGGACCACUUGCUCUCGGAAGUGACACCGUCUGCUUCAAUGAGCGAGAUGAGCGAUGUAACAAUCACCACGUCCGGAAUGGAUCAGGAGCCAAUUACUCCUUUGCCAAAGUUAAAGUUGUUUGCAAUCUUUAUCAUCAUCCUAUGUGAUGGUCUGACCACGCUAUCCAUCUUUCCAUAUAUAUCUUUCAUGGUCGAGGACUUUCAUCUCACACACGACAAGGAUCAACUUGGAUACUUUGUAGGUAUCCUUGCUUCUACCUUUUAUAUUUCCCAAUUCUUCUCCAGUUUCUUUUGGGGAUGGCUGUCCAAUGUCCGUGGCCGAAGACCUUCACUCCUGCUAGGAAUCAUUGGUUCCAUGGUGACAUGUAUAAUGUUUGGAUUGUCCAAGAAUUAUCCAAUGUCCAUUCUAUUUAGAUUCGCAUCCGGUUUGCUUAAUGGAAAUGUGGGUGUGUCCAAGACAAUGUUGGGAGAGAUUACCGACUCUUCCAACCAGAAGACUGGUUUCACCAUCCUCGGCAUCGCCUGGGGUAUAGGAGCAAUUGUUGCACCCUUAAUCGGAGGAUUAUUCUCCAAUGUAUGCAAGAACUAUCCAUCAAUAGUCAACAGUGGUCCACUCUGCCAGUUCCCAUACCUUUUACCAAACAUUAUAUGUUUUGUCCUGAGUGGAAUUGGAUUGACUCUAUGCUUCUUCUUCCUACCAGAGACCAGGAGUUUCGAGAUCAAGUAUACCAAGAUUAAGAAGAAGAAGAAGAGAUCAGCAUUGCGACAACCAAUUACCAGAUUGAAGAACUCACUCCGUCGUCUCUGGAGCCGUAGAGGCAGCACCACAACUCACAUUCCCCUGGAAGAGCAACAACAGCCAAAGGGUGAUAUCGAGAUGGGUCAUGCACACGAGGCCAGCGUCACAACCAAUAGGAGUUCUCAUGUCGCCAAGGCCAUGAAGGGUAACUCAUCCAUUGCUGACUUUGCAUCUCUUGAGGAGAUCGAGAUGGACCAGGAGCAGGAUGGCUUUGAGGAGGUUGAUAUGCAAGAGGAGGAGUUUGAGGACAAUCCCCGUUCACUCAGUCAAUUGAUCAAGGAUAAGCCAGUGCUCUGGUCCUGCAUCGCCUACUCGCUACUGGGCUUCGUGUUCACCAUCUUUGAAGAGGUGUUCCCUGUAUGGAGCUCCAGUGUCAAGACUGUGGACAAUAACGGCAACUACGUUAGUGGAGGUGGUUUAAGCUUCAGUUCUCGACAGAUUGGUCUGGUGCAGAGUGCUGCCGGAUUCUUUGCCCUGUUCAUCCAACUGUUGGUCUUUGCACCGCUCGCCAAGCGCUUUGGUCUCCUUACGUGCUUCAAGGGGUCCUUGCUCAUUGCCCUACCCAGUUGGUUGGCAUUACCAGAGUUGACGCGACUGAUUUCAGUGCAUGUCGACCCUACCAACCCGGCCAUCGUCACUGCUGAUCAUCCAACAGCAUUCUGGGUGUUGAUGUUCCCAGCCUACCUGUUCCAAUCAUUUGCCAACGAGGUUGGCUUCAUUGCCGUAAUUGUCAUUGUGAGCAACAGUGCGUUGCCAAAGGACAUGGCACUGGUCAACUCAAUGUCUCAAUCACUUGUUGCAUUUGGUCGUUCGAUCGGACCACUUCUUGGUACAUCGAUCCUCUCCUUGACGCUCAGUCAUUCGCUGCCCUAUCCAUUAGAUCAGCACUUCAUCUUUGUGGUGUUGUUCCUGCUAACACUUGCCAUCUUUGGUAUCUCCUUCAUGCUUCCACAGUCGUUAAACUAUACCAAGCAGAAGAGCAUCCAACUAGAUCGUCAGAACAGUUCACGCACCAAGUCCUUGAUCCAAUAA